AUGUUCAAGAAACUACGAUCAAAUUCUACUGUAUCGCAGAGUAGAAGAACUUCAACUAGUGACUCCCAACAACAACUGGCAAGGGGUAACCAUGAAUUUCGAAGACACAGCCAACCAAACCCAAUUAUUAAUUAUGAAAUAUUGCAUUCUACAUCUGCAAUGAAUGGGAAUCACUUUCGUCAGAAUGACUCCGAGUCAGCAAUAAUUGAUGAAUCCUCUGAUCAAGAAAUGUCACCAUUGACAACAACUCAAAGUAACCAAUCGACCACAUUAUCUGAGGCAAACACAUUAUUUAUUGAUCGACAUCAACGACUAGAGUUACAGGAUAGUUAUAUUGAUAAUUUUACCAUGUACUUACCAUUUGUGAUUAGACAAAUGAGAUUAAUUGAAGAAAGACGAUAUCGGGAAUCACAAGAGUAUCGUAAUGAGAAUGAACAGAGUACUACGGGAAACAGUAGUGGUAAUGAUGUGUCACAACAAACCCAGGGUCAUGUUAUUAUACCUGAGAUUGCAGGUGAUGAUUUAGAUGAUAUUUCCACCAUAUUCGAUGAAGCACAUGUCCCCUUGGAAACUUUUGCCAUGACUCAUUAUAAAAUUCUAGAAAAACAAUUGUCAUCUUUUGAUGUUAGGCGACUGUUUAUAAUUGUUGCUGGUAUGUUGAAACAUAAUACUUAUAUAUUCCCCAGUGCUGAAUCGUUUGAAUUAUUCAAACAACUACGAUCAAGCAUUAAAAAACAUCGCAAGAAUCUGAUUAUGGUAUAUGACAACCAAGGAACUAUCAAACGAGCAUCCUCAUCAUCCUCAACAAAUAUCAAACGAGAGGAUAUCGACCAACAAAGUGAAGGAAUAAUAAUUGAUGAUAGACCCCAUAUUAUUCCAUUGGAUCAAAAACUAAAAGGUUUGGGAUUACCAUUAUUCAAAAUCCAAACCCCAUAUUUAUCUUCAUUCCGGAAAAGCACACCAUGUAUAAUAUUUAAACGAUAUAAAGAAGUCCCACAACCUCCACCUUCACCACUGACACCAUCAUCAUCAUCGACACUGUCAUUAGCAUCAUCAUUACCAGCUAAGAUAAAAGUGAAAUCUCCACUAAAAUCGUCUGACGAGUACACUCUCGGUAAAGAGGAUUUUGAAUUUGAAACAUAUAAUUUUUGUCAAGUAUAUUCGAAAUAUUUUCAAUCAUUUCGAAGAUUUAUAUUUGAAUUUACCCCAUUGGAUCAACCAAGCUUCAAAGUGAUUAUGUUUCAAAGUAAUUUACGACCAUUUGCGGAUUUUUUGUACAAAAAGACCCGGUUUAGAGUAAUUGGACCAGCAAUGUUACUGGGAGUUGUACAACAUUAUAAUCCUCAUAUGAGAUUACUAGUAAUAGAUGAUGAUAAACCUUCAUUGGUCGAUAAUAUAAUUAAUAAAAAACCCAACAGUGGUUUAGGCUUAACCACCAUCACUUCGACUGCCACAAUUACUGCUGCUGCUGGAGGAUUACUUCUUAAACGCAAAUCAAAUGAUAAGAAACUUAAAACAUACAUUGAAUUCAAUUAUGACGAUCCAAAUACUUUCAUUAAUCCCAUACCCAAUAAUGCAUUUACUGAUGAAGAUAAUAUUUCUCAAGCAACCAAUACUUCACUGUAUAUAAGCAAUGAUUUACCACCAUUUGGUUGUUUUAAAGAUUCAAUGUUGUAUCGAACAAAUUCUAGUUUAUUACCGAAAAAAUACACUGAAGAAGGUAAAAUUCAAAUAUAUCAGGAUAAACUGUUUUUAUUAGAUAAAGAUGAAAAUAGUACUCUUUCAAUUGAUAUUGAUUCAAUGGUUCUACUUUGUGUCAUGGCUACUUUACGAGAUAUAUCAAUUAAGAAUGCUGGUAGAACAAAUACUCAAAGGGCAUUUGGUAUUGGGUUUGCUAAUAGGAUAAGUUAUGGCUUAGAGCCAUCCCAUGCGGGAAUAAUUGGGUUAUAG